GUUCGAACAAUUAGUGGUCAGUUCUUGGACAAACGAUAGAUUGACUCUUGGUGAACUCUUGAACGGUAUAUAACGAGAUACAGAAACAAGUACAGCUACGGCCGCACUUCGAGCUCAACUGUAGACACCGGGAUGUCGGGCGCAGCCAACUUCAUCGCUCGACGAUCCAACUCGACUACAAGCCUGGCACAGUUUUACAAGGAGAACAAUAGCAACAUCAAUCCGUCCUUAUCGAAUCACGACGGAGAGCUUGAUUUCUGUAACGCUUUCUGGGGCGAAGGUGAUGCCGGUUACGAGGUCAUCAGUGCUCGACUUCGGGCAUCAAACAGGACUGUUGAUGAUUUGAAGACGUUUUGGAAGGAGAGGGCCGCUAUCGAAGAGGACUACGCGAAGAGAUUAGCAAAGCUCGCAAAGUCAACGCUGGGCAAGGAUGAAGUUGGGAACGCCAAAUCAGCACUGGAUUCCCUCCGUUCCGAGACGGAGAAGCAAGCUCAUGCUCGCCAAAGGCUGGUGGCCGAAAUCAAACGGGACAUCGAGGCACCUGCGAGUGAAUUUUCUGGACGAUUGUCUAACUUGAAGAAGACGUAUCAAGCCAAUGUCGAAAAGUCGUUCAAGACGAAGCAGAUGCAGGAGAUGAACGUCGCCAAGGCUCGAGAGAAGUACGAGCAAGACUGCCUGCGGAUCAACUCGUUCACCGCCAAUGCCUCUAUCGUGCAGGGCCGCGAGCUGGAAAAGCUGCAGAAGCAACUGGACAAGGUCAACUCCUCUGUCGGGGGCAACGAGAGGGAGUAUCAAGCUCUGGUCAGGAUGUUAGAGGAAACCACACGGAAAUGGGAGCUCGAGUGGAAAGGGUUCUGCGAUCAUGUGCAGGAUCUGGAGGAGGAGAGGCUUGAUUUUAUCAAGGAUAAUAUCUGGGUGUAUGCCAAUGCGGUGUCAAGCGUUUGUGUGACGGAUGACGAGUCCUGCGAGCGCGUGCGUGUGGCUCUUGAAGGCUUCGAGGCUGUGACCGAAGUCGAGGCCUUUGUCAAGAACUUUGGAACCGGACCACAGAUACCAGACCCUCCACUGUUUAUCGAUUAUUCGAAAGGAGAGGCGUAUCACCGAACGAACGAGACUGCAAGGAUGGCUCACUUUUCUCGGAUGACCAACCGAUCCGCUCUAUCAAGUCAGCCGCCUCUUGAUAACCAGAACGAAUAUGAAACGACGCUUCCGCAACCAUCACUUGAGAAGCAGGAAGAACGCCACACUCUGGAAGACUUGCAGCCGCAGAAGCCCGCUGGAGGAGGGAGCCUUACGAACGGUUCCCUUGCUUCAGUGGCGUCUUCGCAACCGAGAUCGUCCUUCGGCGGUGUUGCCAUGCCUGGCAUGGCGGACGGGGCUGGGGCCGCAAGGACCGCUUCACCCGCACCCAUGUCUGCCCCGCCACCGCCCGCUGAGAAGCCAGUCAGACCUCCUUCGGUUUUCGGCAGGCCGACGUCUGCGUUCGGUCAGCAUGCUCCACCUCCUACUGGGCCGAACGCCAUUCGACCUUCUCCAAGCAUGACGGAGGAGGACGACCCUAUCGCUCGGUCGCUGGCUGAGCUUCGGCGAGACCCACCUCCAGCCGGGAGCAUCAGGCGAGGCCAUUCGCAGCGCAGGCCAGAGUCUGUCGUAUCGACGCAUCCUGCUUCAAGGCAGUCAUAUCAGCAACCACCUAGAUCUCCCGGACCUGCUUCGAGCAUGAGUCACAAUGGAAACAGGCAGUCCUACCAAGGACACGCGGCGGGCAGGCCCUCGAUGGACACGGGUCUCAUUCCUCCAAUGGCUGGGCACACCGCUGCAGAUCUGGCUAGAUCGCGAGCAGAACACGAUCAACGAGCGAGCCGAGCUUUCUCCCCAGCACCUGGACAGGAUUAUCAUUCUGCAGCUGCCAAUGUUGUGGGUUCACACCCUGCGUCGCGUCCUGCUUCUCCUUCGGCUCAACCGACCACCGCACCACGGGCGCCGUCUCCUGCCUUUAUGCAACCUCCAGCCAUGGCACCUUCGCCUGUGGAUGAAGUGCUUGGUCAGUACCACCAGGCGUUCCCGGGCGAGCGCAGCCGAUCCCGCGCCGGGUCAUUUGUCUCCACGCACUCUCGCCAGCAGUCAUACAAUGCGGCACCGGGGCAGCCGCCGGCCCAAACACACGCUCGUUCGCCGAGUCCCGCUCCAAGAGAAGGCUUUGUUGGGAUUGGGGCAGGAAGAAGUCCCAGUCCGCAACCCCAGCAAUUUCAAUCUAUGCAUCAACCGAACAUGAGAGCGCCGUCUCCGCAACCGAACAUGCGUGCUCCUUCACCUCAGCCCAACAUGCGUGCUCCUUCACCUCAACCCAACAUGCGGGCGCCGUCCCCCCAGCCGAAUAUGCGGUCUCCAUCGCCUCAACCGGAUGUUCAUCGACGCGGUCAGUCUUACUCGAGCAUGGCACCGCCUAUGGGAUCCCAGCCAGGAAUCACCUCCCCGACUUCGCCCCAUCCAGCAAAUCCUGGUUACGGCGGACAGUAUCCCGGUCGUCCAGGUUCAGUCGCUGGUCAACCGAUGACAUCUCCUGUACAUCACCAAUCUUAUGGUUCCGCUAGCGGUCUCAACCAGUUUGGAUCAGUUACCUCCUUAUCCCAGCCUCCGCAACAUUAUCAGCAGCGCGAUAGCAGUCAACCUGGCAACCAGAAUGGGGGCCAGGUACCGGUACAGCACCCCUACCUUCCGCAUUCGGCGUCCUCGACGGGACAUGGAGACCCACGAUACCAAGGGUAUCAGCAAGGCCCGGUCACGUCGCCACCUGCUGCUCAAACACAGUAUCAAAGCUAUGGUACUCCUAAUGCUCCAUCGGGCGGUCAAUACAACAACAUGCCGCCCAAUCAGGACCCGCGUUAUCGGCCCGGAAGCGUCCAGCCAGGAUCUGGCUCGCAGCUGAAUCAAUACCAAAGAUCAGCGAGUCCGGCUCCUCUCGCGCAGUCUCAGCCGCAAUACCAGCAGCCCGGAUAUGGCGGGUAUGGUCAGCCUCAGCAGGCUCCUCAACAGCAACAACAACAGCAGCAGCAGCAGCAGCAACCGCAGCACCCGCCAUACGGAGGCAGCCAGUUCGCACGAGGGCCUAGUCCAGCACCCCAGCAGAUCAAUAGGUCACCCAGCCCUGUACCGCCGGCUCCACCCGCAGACACCCCACCUACUGGACAAUACUCGACAACGGGGGAGCCCGUUUUGUUCUUCAAGGCUUUGUACGAUUAUCAGGCUCAAAGCGGUAAGUUUAGAUAGCGCGGCAUAGAAGGCAAAUGUCAUUCACUAAUCAAGCAUUGAUAUGCGGAACAGAUUCGGAAUUCGAUUUCCAGGU